GUUACAUGCGAAAGCGGACGGUUCUAAAGAGCCGUGAAAAGCGUUCGCAAGCAUCGACCGAGCCGUAAUACGUAUACAACGUAAUAAAUAAAUAAAUAAAUAUAUAAAUAAUUAGCGAACGACGACUGGCUAGAGUAAAAAAUUCAUCGAUGAUAACUAAAUUUUUCUUAAACGUUAAUAAAGAACCUCGUUUCUACUCCCGUCAAAUUAAUUCACUCGUAUUACGGGAGUAUUUCAAUCCCAGUUAAAAUAAGACGUAUGUACACGCGUAACAACUUCUGUUAAAAACGGUUCUUCGUAUACAAUCAUCGCGAACUAGCGUUGCAAGACAGUGAAUGUUUUUUUUUUUUUUUUUUUAUUUCUCUCUUCUCCCUCAACCCAAAUAGAUAAUUCCUCUCUUCUGUUUUAUAUUCAACCGCGGGGAUUUAAACUCGGCGAUAAAUAAAAAAUUUGGCAAGAAAAGAGAAAGAAGAAAGUAGACAGAGCGAGAGAACGAGAGAGAGAGAGAGAGAGCUAAAGUUGAAAGGUAAAAGGAAUACUUGGGGUGAAAAAUGCGGUUGCUUUGGCUGAUCGGUCUCCUGAUCCUAACGAGCCUUGAAGAGAGCUUUUCGGAUCCUUCGAACCCGUUUAAAAUGGUCUGGUCACACCUUUACCCUGACUCAUCGAGCGCCAACAGCAAGAUACCGGAAUGCACAGGCUGUGCCCAGAACCGGAUAUCGUCGAACGACCCGAUACUCACGGAAUUCCGUGUAGAGUACGUCAAGCAACAGAUACUGAAGAAGCUGAGACUGUCAAAACCACCCGAGGUGUCGAUGUCGCUUUCCACUCUACCGAAACCAUUGAUAAACGGAAACGUCCUUGAACUCAGACCCGGCAUGCCUUCGGGACCGGAAAAACAAGUGGAAAGUUUCUACGGAAAAACCGACCAGCUAGUUGUCUUUCCGAAAGAAGACGGAGAAAAUGCCGAGAAUUGCGAACUCCACACGAACUACUUGUCAGGCAUAUACGUGGCGGAUUGUUUUAAAUUUUAUUUACCAAACGAAAUGCAAUUCGUCGGCGUAACAUCGGCGGAACUUUGGUUUUACAAGGAAGCGGACGAGAACGACAUAGUAAAUCAGACCUUCGUUAUAUCCGAACUAGACCACUGGGACCAGAGACGCAGUUUUCAGAAGAACAGCAUCAUGGCGAUAUUCGAAACGUCGGUCGAAGAGGGUUGGGUGAAGACGGACGUCGGUUACGCGGUGAAGAAAUGGGUCGAGGAACAGAGUCUGAACCACAGUCUUCAGAUAGCCUGCAGUACCUGUUCGAUAGAUCGCGAUUCGCCCUUGGUCUCGAUCGAGCAAACGCUCAAACCAUUCCUGGUGAUUCACACCUCGCCGUUGCCGCAAAAAAAUCGACCUAAAAGGAACUCGAACUGCUCACCGGAGAUGAAGGAGUGCUGCAGAGACGAACUCUACAUCAGCUUCGAUGAAAUCGGAUGGAGCGACUGGAUUCUUCAUCCGCCUGGAUACCACGCUUACUUUUGCCGCGGUUCCUGCUCCUCCGUUGCAUCUUUGACCGUCAACGGAUCCCCGCACAGCAACGUCAUUAGAAAGUACCUCACGAAACAUGGAAACGGACUUCGUAGGGAGAACGAGAUCGCUCCGUGCUGUUCGCCAACCCAGUUGUCGCCGAUACAACUAUUCUUCGUAGAUUCGAACAACACGCUGGCGCGAAAAACGUUACCGAAUAUGGUCGUAGAGGCCUGCGGAUGUAUGUAGACGAAUCCGCACGCCAUGUAUCUAGUCCGAAUUCAGCAGGAAAAUAUUCGAACAACCCUUCAUUGACAAAACGCCGUCGGACGGUAGUCUAAAUG